CUAACACAAAGAAAAAGAACAAAGAAACAUACUAGCCAAGCUGUUAGAUUCAAUUUUAAGUGUUUUUUACCAAUUAUAUUUGCAUAAAGAUGACAUCGACAGCUACUAAAAGAAGCCGUGCCACACCCGAGCAGCUAAAUCGUAUGCUUGACUACCUAAUGGAAGUCCCGUGUCUAGCAGGAUCUAGGUUCCACAGCCUCCAUGGUAAGUUCGAAUGCGACAAAAAGUGGAGCGAGCUAGCAACAAAGUUAAAUAGUCUGGGUGGAGCAGUGAAGACAGCCAAUCAAUGGCACACGGUAUGGCGGGACUUAAAAAGCCGCACCAGCAUCAAAGCAUGAAAUCGGCGAAGGCAACCAGCUUUAACUGGAAACGGGCCUAUCAGUGAGGAGCCCCUAACGGAAUUCGAGAGGCGGGUGUCUGCUCUUAUAGGGGAAGAAUAUAUGAAUGGGCACGAUUCAACAGCUGAAAAUAUUCCACUAGAGGAGGUAAUCCAAAUGGGUAUCGAAGUGGAAGAUGAAAGCAUGAUUUCGGAAGCCCCGUCGCCUUUACGGACGCCACUUGCAGAAAAUUUCACGCUGAGGUCAGGUAAUUCGCACAUCUCAGACAGGAGAACACCACGGGCGAACUUGAAAAGAAAGCGCAUGGAAGAAGACGGUGAUGCUCGGAAGAAAUUUUUGGAAAUAGCAGAAAAACAGGCAGAUACACUAAAGAUGCUACCCCAGUCGAGUGUAGAAACCGUAGAAGUCGCGAAACAACAAGCAGAUGCUUUAAAGAUCUUAGCCGAAAGCAGCUCUGCAAGUGCCCAGGCGAAUAAAAUGAUAGCGGAGGCAAUAGCCGUAUUGGGGAAUGGUUUAAGCGCUACCGCGGAAGCAUUCAACAAUCUAACGCCAAUCAUAAGCCAAAUACUCAAAGGACAUACUCGCGCUUUUUAAAUAAGUUUUUGAUCAUAUAAUUUCACAGUUUUGAACUAUUACCUGCACACCCAAGAUAUUUGAUCUUCUCCUUACAGGAGUUUACUAGUUUCGUUCUGCACCAUGGCAUCGUAAGAGCCUUGAUCACGGCUUGACUAUCGGAGAAAAUGUAAUUGGAAGUCGUUGUUAAAAUAGACCAUGAAAAAUACUGAACAACGAAUUAAAAAAACAACAAGUCUCUGGACCUAUGAUAACUAAUGCUUUCCUUACAUUUUUUUUUUUACUUUUCCGUGGCGAUAGCAGCGAUAUUUAACAUUUUUUCUAUACGUCAUAAGACAAAUUGGGAAUCAGAGUUGCACUGUAUUCUAUCAACUGGCGAAAUAACCGCCUUUACAUGGAUUAUCUGAUUAAUUUGGUUUGGGUAACAUUAGUUCUUAAGCCUGCAUUAAUUUAUUUAAGCGCGAGAUCGACAUAUACCAUAUAAAUGAAUCCACCAAAAUCACAUAGCGGUUUAAUGGACGCACUAUUUUGCAGAAUUCAAAUGAAGUCAAGAGUGCAUUAGGAAACCAUUUUCAUUGACAAAAUAAGGAGUGCCUGAGCGAAUGAGGCCCUAUGCCACAGGAGCAGUGAUUGAAUGGCAUCCCUGCCAGCCAUGUAAGGACAUAUUUUUAAUAACUACUACAGUUAAAUGGAAAAGGGCUUACUACACCAUUACGCUCGCUCUAAACAAGUCAUACUCUUCGGAGUCAUUUACAUGCUGAGUCAUUUAUGUGCUUAUAAAGUUACCUUAAUGAACGCUACUUGGACAAAAAAAUUUGUUAGUAGACAAUUUCUAAUUCACUUAAACAAAUAUUUACGCUUUUCGUUUUUAAUAUUUUGUCGCUAUUGAUUUUGGUCUGACCAUACUUUUUCGACUUUGGACGUGAAUUUAACAUAUUUCUAUUAUAGCUAACGAUUUCAACUUUCAGGUAACUUCCUAAAAUUUAAUGUUCUAUCGAUUUAUGGUUAUAAACUUUUAAAAAGGACGAAAAAAGCAAGAAAAAAAGUGUCUAACGCCCUUCAAGUUAAAUCUAAAAAAAACAUUUCGUAGAGAAGCAAACAAAUUUUUUUUAAUGUUGUUAAAAAAAUAAUCGUAAAAAAAGAAGCAAAAUUUAUUAUACUCUACUAUUGGUGUAAUUCAAAUGUAUGCAAGCUGCAAAGAGGUUCGAGAGAAUUUCGUAAUUUUACAGAGGCUUGCGAAUAGCAUCACCUAAUAAUAUUUUAAAAUAAAAAACUUAACAAAGUGGAGCGCGUAAUGAAAGCGCGUACAAAUAAUAUAACCUCCUCGAUUAAUUAUUUCACUUUUCUGUGCUGUUGCAGUACUUCAUACAACAUGGCUAUGCUAAAACAACAACAGUCUGUUCGUUCUACUGCACAAAAACGCUGCUGACAAAUUUAAAUCCAGCAUCAGUGAUACAUUGGGUUACCUUACAACUUUAUUAACUUACAAUUAAAUAUAGGCUACUCGUAUUAAUAAUUUACGUUUAUACGCGUCCCGUCUAAGCAAAGCUUAUGCCACGC